AUGCCGCCACACGCCAGACAAGCCCUAGGAUACUACAACCCCAAUUAUACAAUUCCCUACCAGCAGCGGCCCCAAAGAACCAAGUGGCCCAAGAAGCCAUGGGACAUUAUCCUUGUCCUAACGCUAUUCGUGCUUCUACUGGCUUGCUUAGUUCUCCUGUUCUUACAGCUUUGUUACAUUGUUGAAAGCUCCAGAUUCAAAUACAGCGUUCAAAGCCCAUAUGACUGGACAGACUACUUGAGGUCUCUCUUGGACCUGUUUGAGAAGGCAGCUCCAGGCUCCACCUCUGGCAUGGCAAGCUUUAUUCCAGAAAAGUGGAUGCUAGAACAAACAGACUUUUACCUUCAUCUGCUUGGGUUUUGUAGAAAAAGUAAGGGUGAAUCCCCGAAUUGCCUGAAGCGGUAUCACGGUGACACUUUCCAGAACGAUAUCGUUUAUGGUUUGGCAUUCCUUAUUGCUAGAAGCAGGGUACAUGAUAAAUGGGAACUGGAAAUUGUUGCAACAGAAUGGACCAACCGUCUAACAGGAGCCGCCUCUUUGGCUAAAGCUGCUAUUGAAGGUAAGGCCCCAAGAAGAAUAGACAAAGCGGCAAUUGCUAUUAUUGAGAACUACUGGGAUCUGUCUUCUAGACCUGUAUUUGUGUCUGUGCUUUUAUGUUUACCGUUUCCGUUAUAUUUUACACUGGUGAUAGGCGCUUUUGCCGUGGGAACCCGGGCUCUAAUAGUUUUUGGCCUCUUGGCGGCAUGUUUUCAGCUACUGUUGGUGAUAGAGUUGCUUUGUCGCCAUAACAGCACUGUGGGAGUUCUUGAUAAAAGUAAAGGAGGAGCACUUACUAUGGCCAUCGUGGCAUGGGUGUUGGAGACGCUCUUAGCUGCGUUUGCUGUGGUAACGCUGAGGAGAGAACCUAAGGAGAGAAGCUAA